AUGUCUCUUGAACAUUGCCAUCGGUAUAUCAUCCGUAAACUUGACGUACGGAUAAUGCUAUUCGCAUGUAUACUUGAAUUCUUCUCUUAUUUGAAUCGAGCUUGCAUGGGAUAUGUCACGAAUCUUGGUCUAAAUCAGGAUAUAAGCUUAUCUCCGACUGAAGGCGAUUGGUCUGUUGCUCUUAUGUAUCUUGGCUAUUUUAUAUUUACUGUCCCUUCGGCACUUUUGAUCCUUUAUACGGGAACCACUAUCUACUUGACUAUCAUUUUGUUGGUAUGGGGAUCACUGAGUAUCGGUAUGGGUUUUGCCAAAAAUAUUCCAUUACUACUUGUUCUACGAUUUCUGUUGGGAAUGGCGAUUUCAGGUUUCUUUCCAGGCAUGUUAGCCUAUUUAUCAAGAUGUUAUCCUAAAACGUUCCUAACCAUGCGAAUAGUCGUCUUCUAUAUAGCAGCUAUUUCAUCAGCAGCUGUAGCUGCUAUUCUGGUUUUCGUCAUCGAGAAAAUGGAUGGAAUCGGUGGUCUAGAGAGCUGGCAAUGGCUCUUUAUUCUUAUUGGUAUUCCAGUUGUUCUUCUUGGAAUAACCACUUUUCUCUUUCUUGACAAAAUCUCGAAUCCUCUUCGAUUUUUACAACCAGCUGAAAGAGAAAUUCUGAUUAAUAAUUUAUGUGACGAAAUGGAACCAGAUGCUAAUGAGCCUGAAGAAAAACAUCACGUGCAGUGGUGUGAUAUAUGCAGCGUCUUAAGUAGUGGUAAGAUCUGGCUAUUUGCGGCUAUAUGUGCUGGAAAUUCGGCCGUGACAAAAUAUUGGAUAGCAUAUUUUCCUAGUCUAGUUAAAUAUAUAGGCUACACCGGUGCUAGCGGAUUACUUAUGAACUCUCCACCAUAUGCGUUGGCGUGUGUCUUCGCCCUGGUCGGUGGCCUUUCAGUGGCAAGAUUCAAUGGGCAUGGAUAUCAUAUGGUAGUUUUUGAAAUUAUUUCAGUUAUUGGCUUCGCUCUCAUGGCUGCCUUUGAAGGAUCUAGCACAGUGGUCGUGUACGUGAGUGGAUGCUUUGCAUGCUCGGGCGCAUAUGCGACUUUUGCUUUACUAAUGGCAUGGCUAACUAUCAAUGUAAGUGGUCGAAUAAGAAGAACAUUAGUAAUAUCCUUCGUCGUUGGACUUGCUCAAAUCGGUGGAGUGAUUAUACCGUUUAUUAACGAUGGAAAUAGUGUACCUGAUUUCCGCCAAAUUCAUAUUACAAUGGCAACUCUAAUUUUUGUCUGCAUGAUUCUUACUUUACUUCUUCGAUUUAUUUUCAAAAGACAAGCUAAGCUUCGAAUGGAGAAUCAAGUACAAGUAGAUGGAGAAGUCAAUAAUGUACCACGGGUGGCAUUUUUCGCUAUAAGCUGA